AUGGCUUCCGGAACUUCAGGGCCUGCAGGGCCUCCUUUGGAUCCCAUUAACCUGAAUGGACCUUCAGAUCGCAGCAAGAGAGUCGCCUAUUUCUACGACUCCGAUGUGGGAAACUAUGCGUAUGUGUCGGGGCAUCCUAUGAAGCCGCAUCGCAUCAGGAUGACGCACAGCUUGGUGAUGAAUUACAGUCUUUACAAGAAGAUGGAGAUCUACCGUGCGAAGCCCGCUUCCAAAUUCGAAAUGACCCAGUUCCAUACCGAUGAAUAUAUCGACUUUCUUUCAAAAGUUACCCCCGACAACAUGGAGGCAUAUGCAAAGGAACAAAGCAAGUACAAUGUUGGUGACGACUGUCCUGUGUUCGACGGGCUGUUUGAGUUCUGUGGCAUCAGCGCUGGCGGUAGUAUGGAGGGUGCCGCCCGUCUCAAUCGGAAUAAAUGCGAUAUCGCCGUGAACUGGGCUGGCGGCCUCCACCACGCUAAGAAAAGCGAAGCUAGUGGUUUCUGCUAUGUGAACGACAUUGUUCUCGGUAUCCUUGAGUUGCUCCGCUUCAAGCAGCGAGUUCUAUACAUUGACAUUGAUGUUCAUCACGGUGAUGGCGUGGAAGAGGCGUUUUACACCACAGACCGCGUGAUGACAGUCUCGUUUCACAAGUACGGCGAGUACUUUCCCGGAACAGGUGAACUGCGUGAUAUUGGAGUUGGACAGGGUAAAUAUUAUGCCGUCAACUUCCCGCUCCGUGAUGGUAUUGAUGAUGUCUCUUACAAGAGCAUCUUCGAGCCUGUCAUUAAGAGCGUAAUGGACUGGUACCGUCCGGAGGCUGUUGUCCUCCAAUGCGGCGGCGACAGUCUUUCGGGUGAUCGCCUAGGAUGCUUCAACCUCAGCAUGCGUGGCCACGCGAACUGCGUCAACUAUGUGAAAAGUUUCAAUCUACCGACGCUGAUCCUCGGAGGUGGUGGUUAUACCAUGCGCAAUGUUGCGCGAACCUGGGCAUUCGAGACUGGUAUACUUGUCGGCGAUAACCUAGGAUCUGAACUUCCUUACAACGACUAUUACGAGUACUUUGCACCUGAUUAUGAGCUGGACGUCCGGCCAUCAAAUAUGGACAACGCCAACACAAGAGAAUACCUAGACAAGAUUCGAACACAAGUUGUCGAGAACCUCAAGCGAACGGCCUUUGCUCCAUCCGUGCAGAUGACUGACGUUCCACGUGAAUCCCUGGUAGACGGCAUGGACGACGAAGCCGAGGCGAUCCUCGACGAUUUGGAUGAGGAUGAAAACAAAGACAAACGUUUCACAAAGCGACGGUUUGAUCAAUAUGUCGAAAAGUCAGGCGAGCUGAGCGAUAGCGAGGAUGAGGAUGAGAACGCUGCAAAUGGCGUCACUCGCAAACCGACUCACCUACAACGACGCAACCAAGCCAACUACCGGCUAGAUCUUGGUGAUUCUGGAGUUGAAAGUGGAAUGGCUACACCACAGGACGCUUCAUCUGUCCCCGAUGAUGAGAUGGACAUUGGCGCCGAUGCGAAGAUGACAGAAGCGCCUGGACCGGAAGCCGAUUCUGAAGCCCAGGGAACGUCUUCCGCUGCCGAGGCUCCAUCCAGAGCGGAGAACAGAUCCACUGACGAGCCAUCCGAGAUGAUUAUCGAUGCGAGAGAACCAGCCCCUACGUCUGUUCCUGUUUCUCGCCCAGACUCUGCAAGACCAGCAGAUGAAGAUACGACCAUGGAAGACGCAGAUGUCCCCGUGCCUGAUAUAAACCAGGAGCAAGCGCCAAUGGUGGACGAGACGCUGCAUAAUAACCCCGCGGAAGAGACACUCGCGUCAGAGAAUGCCGUGCCCGAGCCGACGCCUCAAACAAAAGCAUCCGAUGACAACGGGGGCCCGGAGCAGAAAGAAUCAGAGACUGCGAAGGGGACCGGGCCUACAACGGUGACAACCGAGACCAAAGACAAGGCUCCUGAAGCUCCUCGAAGUGAGGUCACCCACGCGGUGACAGCGGAGCAAGAGACGUCCAAGCCCGAGGAGCCAAGUGCAGAGACUCAGCCCGAAGCCUCGAAGGCGUAA